UUGAUAAAUAAAAAAAUCCUAAUUAAACGCCUUGGUCCGUAAUUAAACGAUCUCUCCCAUUUUACCAAACACAGAGACUCGUUGAUUUCUAUAAAGAUCGGUUCACAAUCUUCACUUAGCAUAUUUUGAUCGGUUUCUGAAAGAAGAGAGAAGAAGAGAGGAUGGGGAGAUUGUUCUUGGUGAAUUUGGAAGGCAAGUCUUACAGUUGCAGGCACUGUAAGACUAAUAUCGCUCUCUGCGAUGAUGUCGUCUCCAAGUCUUUUCAAUCCCGCCAUGGGAAAGCUUACCUCUUCAGUAAGGUAGCGAAUGUGUAUGCUGGGAAGAAGGAAGAUAGGAUGAUGAUGACGGGGAUGCACACCGUUGUCGAUAUUUACUGCGUCAAAUGUGGCUCUUAUGUCGGAUGGAGAUAUGAGUUUGCUUUUGAGAAGAACCAAAAGUACAAGGAAGGCAAAUCUGUUCUCGAAAGGUACAAGGUCUGUGGUCCGGAUGGGAACAAUUACUGGGUGGCAGCAGCUCAAGAAGUUGAAGCCGGAGAAAGUGAUACUGAUGAAUGAAUGAAUGGAUGAUAUGCUUCUUCAUCUCAAUAACUCUCAUUAUCUGAUUUGUAAAUUCUUCUCUCACCUCCUCUUUUCAUUCUUUUCCGUUCUCUUUUCCUCAUUUUGUGAACCGUCCAGCUUCCAUUAGGAGACUCCUUCGGAGAUCAAACUGUUUGUGUUGCAACCACCACUUGUGGAACACAUGCAAUUAAAACAUCUCUUAUUAUCUUA